AUGACCAGCGACGAUCAGUUUUUCUUUGACUACUUAGCGUCCAUACCCCAUGACGUAAGACGAUAUUCGUUACAGGUCGCCGACUCGAUCGACCGCCAGUUUGACCGGGCAGCAGUUGUGAUUCGGGAGACUCUUGCGCACCAAGGAUGGCUUCCGCAAUCAGUUCGACCAUCUGUCCGAGCGCGAGAUAUCCAUCCCGUAUCCACAGGGCUGAGUGAUCGCAUUCAGGACUGGGUGGCUCGGCACCGUGCGCUGACCUCGGCUCUUGUCGCAUUCGUUGGCACUGGGUGCGUCUUACUGUAUGGGAGUAAGAAGUUGAAUGGCAAACGGAGAAAGGCACGCAGAGCAGGAAACGGGUCGCGCAAGGAGAUUGUCGUUGUGUCCGGAUCCCCCCAUGAACCGAUGACGAGAGCGAUUGCAGCCGACCUGGAGCGCAGAGGAUAUAUCGUUUACGUGACUGUCUCGUCUGCGGACGAAGAGGCUAUUGUUCAAUCGGAACAUCGAGCAGACAUCAAAGCCUUAUGGCUGGACCUCACUACGACUGCCCCAAACUCGUCCGAUCUCCACCCCUCACUUCAUGAGCUUCGUGCUCUCAUCACACAGCCUCAAUAUCCCGUUCCCGGCGUCGCACCGCAUACCUGCCACCUCAGCGGUGUUAUCAUCGUCCCUGCGCCAAAUUAUUCAGCCGGACCAGUGGCGACAAUACCAGCGUCGUCAUGGGCCGAUACUGUCAAUACCCGAAUCCUCUCGCCAAUUCUGACCGCUCAAAUCUUCCUCCCGCUCUUGACCCUCCGCAGCAACAGCAGCUCACUCAUUUUCGCCUACCCAUCCAUCUCCUCAUCCCUUUCUGCGCCUUUCGCCGGACCAGAAGUUACAACGGUAGGAGCCAUCUCGGGCUUUGCAGCCUCUCUCCGCCAGGAACUUGCCCUUCUUGAAAAGAGCAAUGUCGACGUGGUCGAGCUUCGCCUCGGGAAUAUCGAUCUCGGAUCUGCAUAUAAAUCAGGCCAGAGUCAAGUCGCGGGUACUGAGGUCCUCGCGUGGAAUGCCCAGCAGCGAGCGCUGUAUGGUCCCCAGUACUUGAACAGCGUUGAGCAACGCCCCGUUGCAUCUGCGGGACCCGCGGCGAUUCGCGGCUCCUCGGCGCGAAUUCUUCAUCAUGCCGUGUUGGAUGCAUUGGAGCCUGCGUCCAAAAACAUCCUCGGGCGCCGUGCACACAAGAAAAGCGUUGUCUAUGUUGGUCGAGGUGCGCGGUCUUACCGUCUUAUUGGGGAUUGGGUGCCCAGCGGCCUGGUGGGCUUGAUGAUGGGCCAUCGCAGUGCAAAGUUUGCCGGACCUAUUUUCUCCCAGCAAGAGCAGUGA